AUGACGCUCUACUACACCUUGGUCUUUAUGCUACUAGUAGCAGAGAUGGCCUUGUUCAUGCUCUUGGUCGUCCCACUGCCAUUUACGAUGCGCAGGAGGCUCUUUACCUUCAUUUCCGAGAAUCCGAUUGUCGCAAAAGUACAAUACUGGCUCAAGAUCACCUUUGUCUUCAUCCUCAUCCUGUUCAUCGACAGCGUGAAUCGUGUCUACCGCGUCCAGGUCGAACUUGCCGCCGCAACUGAGGGUAACAAUGGACAGAGCGCGAGCAGAACUGCCAUAAUGGGACACGAGCGUCUCGAAGUCCAGGCCCGCAAGUUUUACUCGCAGCGCAACAUGUACCUCUGCGGCUUCACCCUCUUCUUGUCCCUCAUCCUCAACCGCACCUACAUCAUGAUCCUCGAGACGCUCCGCCUGGAGGAGAAGGUCAAGCUGUACGAGGGCUCCGAGAAGAACACCAAGCAAGCCGAGAAGCUCGCACAGGCUGGUGAUGCUGGUGAGAUUGCGCGGUUGAAGAGGGAGAUCAAGCUUCGUGAUCAAGACAUUGCUACCCUGAAGAAGCAGUCCGAGGGUUUGCACAGGGAGUAUGACGAGUUGGCCGAGAGAUAUGGUGCCACGCAGGAGAAUGGCAAGCUUUCCAAGAAGGACAAAUAG